AUGAAGCUCAUUACCGCCCUCGGCGCCCUGUGCCUUUUCGUCUCCCUCUCUGUGGCCGACGUCGAAAACUGGUCAAUCUGCCCAGACGGAUCCAACCUGUGCGAUGCAUUCUUUGGAGCGUUCUGUUAUGCCAAAAAGGACACCUGCUGUCAAGAUGGAAGCGGGAUUUGUCCAGCCGGUUACAACUGCGGCACAGGAGUUGCUGCCAAUCGCUGCUGUCCUCCAGGGAUAACGAUGCAACAAUGUGCCCAAGUGGAUGUGAUUGGGAGGGCGAGCACCGUGGCCGCCGACACCACGACGAGAAACCCAAAGUCUACAAAAACCACGACCAAAAAGCCGAGCAAGACCUCGUCCAAGCCCAAAUCGACGAAGGCGACCAAAAUCACUUCAAAGGCAAAGAAACCCAGCCAGACACCGUUUGACCCUCUGGCAGUCCUCAUCAUUUGA